UCGUGAGACGAGUAACCAACGUAGCUUCCCAUACCAAUCAUAUCGUGUGAUACGGCUUAUUGUCAACGAUGAACGUGCGAGAUGUUUGUGCCUCGAUGAUCUUUAUACCCAAAAUUCGCCGUCCACGAUAACACUAUUAAAACGUACACGAGUCUAAAAAGGUCGCAACCACGUUACUUGCGUCCCUCGUAAUUCCUAUAAGCCUGUCGCAAUACCGCAAACAACACAGGAAGUUUGUCAGUCGCGUUCCUGCUAAGUAUUUUUCGACUGCCUUCAGUGGGCGCCAUAACAACCGUCCAUUUGUCUGUGACAAUCAUCGCGCGAUAAGUGUUUACUAUUCGCGCACGAUUACGUUGCAAUCGCGUAUAAUUUCCAGUCCGUUGUCGGAUUUUAUUAACUUUGCGUUCGCCUCAGUCAAAUCACGUAUUUUCAUUGAAAAUCGUGGCAUGUUCGGUGAGUGCAUUAGGUGGGGCGGAUUUUGUUAACCCGGUAUCAAACACGUGUGGUUCUAUUUCGUGAAACAAUUGAGUUUUGCUUUAUCAACAAAUAUGCCUGAACUAACUGAACUUGACAAAGCUGCAAGCUCUGAACCUACCAAGGUUGAAGCUGCAGCUGCUGGAUCUGGAACUGAUUCGGACUCAGAUGAUACUCUCCCAGAUUUGGAUGAUGCAGGUGCUGGAGGUACUGUUGGUUUCCCAGGAACCACUGUUCCUGGUCUUCCUAUUGACAUGGUGUCUAAGGCCAAACAAAGUCGUGGAGAGAAAAAAGCUAGGAAACUCAUGAGCAAACUAGGAUUGAAACCUGUUCAAGGAGUCAACAGAGUAACCAUCCGCAAAUCAAAGAAUAUUCUCUUCGUAAUCAACAAGCCAGAUGUGCUGAAAAAUCCGGCCUCGGAUACUUAUAUAGUAUUCGGCGAAGCCAAGAUUGAAGAUCUCAGUCAGCAGGCCCAAAUGGCUGCAGCUGAGAAGUUCAAGGAACCGCCAGUUAUUCCGGCAACUGAAGCUGGUGGUAGUACUACGGUUGUUGCACCUAUACAAGAAGAGUCGGAGGAAGAAGUCGACGAGACAGGCGUCGAAGAAAAGGACAUUGAACUAGUAAUGUGUCAAGCCAACGUGUCUCGAGGGAAGGCUAUUAAAGCUCUUAAAAAUAAUCAGAACGACAUUGUCAAUGCUAUUAUGGAAUUGACGAUGUGAUGAACCUGCUUAGCGGUAGGGUGCGCUACGUCGUAGCUUGCAUUGUGAGGUCGUCUUAUUUUAUCAUCUGCGUCAUCAGGAAAAAACAUCGUCCUUCUUUUUGUCUCAUUACAUUGAAAGGAUAAAGCUCGAAUACUGAGAGACCGGAAUUCGCACGGAGGCCGUGAUGCUUGGCUCAGAAAAAAAAUCCACAUGUAUAUACAUAAUUCAUAUGAAAAAAAAUAAAUACACUAAGGAUAGUA